AUGCUCAUGGUCCACAGAGCUGUUCAUGGUCCACAGAGCUGCUCAUGGUCCACGGAGAUGCUCAUGGUCCACGGAGCUGCUCAUGGGCCACAGCGCUGCUCAUGGUCCACAGAGCUGUUCAUGGUCCACGGAGCUGCUCAUGGUCCACGGAGUUGCUCAUGGUCCAUGGAGCUGCUCAUGGUCCACAAAGCUGCUCAUGGUCCACGGAGCCGCUCAUGGUCCACGGAGAUGCUCAUGGUCAACGGAGCCGCUCAUGGUCCGCAGAGCCGCUCAUGGUCCACGGAGAUGCUCAUGGUCCGCGGAGCCGCUCAUGGUCCACAGAGCUGUUCAUGGUCCGUGGCCUCACUCCCUCUGCUGCUUUUCAAAAACAGAUAA